CGCAAAAGCUCACCGCGUUUCGAUCAGUGGCCAUAACCGCGUUUACAAACGACACCGCCGGUUCUUUCGUACUUCUUGCGCUCGUUGUCGCUGCAGAAAUUUCGUAACCGCUGCCUGAAAGGACCCGAGGCGCGACAGCAUGUCUUCGCGACUGAUAGUUCUCUUCUUUUUGAUAUGUUGUGCAACGGCAGAAAUUCGAGAUGAAGAAUUUGAUCUGUUCCCUAGAUUGCCCCUUGGUGUCAUCGACACGGACAACGUUGUGUGCAAGAAACAGAGCAGGGUGUAUAUCGAGAAUCUCAGGAAUCUCUCUCUAUGGGCCCAUGAAAUUCGAGAUUCAACAGCCAAGUCACUUACAGGCCUCCUGAGUGGAAGCAUAGCCCAGUUUGGCAGCUACUACGAAUGUCUUCACGUCGCUGCCCCGUUUGAUACGCAGUACUGUAUUACGUCGCUCGUUGCCGAUAUUCCAUCUCAAGGUCCAUCUAUGGACAGGAAAUCGUUGGACUAUGACCCAAACGAGUCGGUUUUGCUGAAGCUGUAUGACAAAAAAGAUCCUUCUCAGCAAGCAAGGAAUAUCGUCCUAAUGGGAUGGUGCAUGCCAGCUUCUUGCAGGGAAGACGAUCUCCAAAACCACGUCAAUAAGUACCUGAAAAAUGCUGACUUCUUCCUAAAGAGACAUAACGUCACAUACACUGCUCACCUGAACGAGAAUAGCUGUCAACGGAGAGGGGAGUAUACGCAUUAUGAUCACGUAGAUUUUUCCUUUGGGCUGGUCAUCAUAAUUUUGAUUGUUUUGGUCUCAUCAUCGUCGUUAUACGACCACUACAGAAAUAAGGAAGAAGACAAAUUAAAGGAAGGAGCUCAAGCCUCGAAGUUAUUUUUAUCAUUUUCGAUACAAAGAAACUUCAAGAAAUUACCACGAGCUGACGGAUCUAACAAAGCGCUGUCUAUCUUGUACGGAAUCAGAGUGUUUUGCAUCUGUAUGAUAAUCAUGGACCACAGAUUUGGGACUCACCUUUCUUCAGCUGUUCUCAAUUUUGAUAUGGUAGAAGAGCAAUAUCGCUCUUCAGUAGGAACUCUCUUCUUCCACGGUGAUCUCUUCGUUGACUCAUUCUUCGUCUUGAGCGGAUUAUUGGUUACCUACUCUCUUCUAGUGCAGUAUGACAAAAAAAUCACGAACCCAGCGAUUAUUAUCUUCUUGAGAUACAUGAGGCUAACACCAUUAUAUGCGUUCGUGAUUUUCUACUAUGCCACACUAUUCAAGUACACUGGUUCAGGUCCGAUGUGGAAAACCAUAAUAAAUCCUGAAGUUCAAGACUGCAGAGAAAACUGGUGGACGAACUUGCUGUAUAUCAGCAAUUAUGUGAACGAAGAGCACAUGUGCAUGGUCCACUCCUGGUACCUCCCUUGCGACUUCCACUACUUCGUCGUCGCGGUACUCCUAUGCCUCGCAAUCAACAAAAACAAAAAGCUCGGUCUAACCUCCCUCGGCGUCGUCAUAUUCCUGUCACUUCUGAGUAACUUCCUCGUCGUUCUGCUUCACGAAUUGCCGGCAGUGCUGUUCUUCUAUCCGGAGUUCCUGAGGGCGCCGAAGAUGCAGAGAGAUUUCUCAUUGGUGUAUUCGAAGUCGCAUACCAGAGCAGGACCGUACUUCAUAGGGAUGAUUGCGGGGUAUCUGUUCUACAGGAUGAAGGAUUCUGGAAAGUGCUUGAAGAAUGUGUACUCCCGGAUAAUUCUAGUUUCUUCGGUGGUCAUAAUGGCGGCCACGAUAGUCACUGGAACAAUCUUCUAUGAUCCUUACCACGAGUAUAACGGUGCGGAAUCGGCUCUCUAUUCAGCUCUUCACCGAUCAGUGUGGGCACUUGGAAGUAUUGGAAUCAUCUACGUCGCGAGUUAUGGACACGCCAAAUUCAUUUACAGGUUUCUUUCUUGGAAACCAUGGAUCCCGCUCAGCAAAUUAGUCUAUGGAGCAUAUUUAAUCCACAUGCAGUACCAAAUAAGAGCAGUCGCCAGAAGAGGUGGGGUUGAUGUAGUCGGUUAUUUUGACAUGAUCUGUUAUGCGUUAUCGGACAUAGCAGUUGCCUUCAGCACAGCUCUAGUGCUAUACUUAGCCAUAGAAGCACCGUUCAGGAACAUCAUAGCACUCCUAUUGGUGCCUCAGAAAGAACCGAAACCUGUUCAGAAUAAUAACAACCUACCUGCGCAAGAAAACAAGGAGACGAAGGAAGACGUUCCCAGUGAAGUCAGUUGCGAAGCUACCUGUGAUAGUCAUUUGUAAGCUGCCAUUAUUUCGUAAAUUUUAGCUUUAGUUUAAAAAAUAGAAUUUGUUUUAGUAGAUUUUUCGAACCAAACCAAAAAAGUGUAUGUGCGUAACGAUUCAGAGUUGUGUUAUCCUCUUACAUCACUAUUACCAAAUUUUUGUAUUUUGUGUACGCAGUGAGAAAUGGAUGAACUGUGAUGAAGUGAUUAUCUACUUUUGCCACAUGGGUCACUAAGGGCCGUAUAGUCAAUCGUUCCUACAAUUAUUGUAGGACGCCUUUAAGGCCUCCUUGAUUUUCAUAGCUGUGUACUGUUCCGUGUCAGUGCUCUAUUUUGAGGUUACGUCACAAAUAGCAAUUUGCAUCUAAUUGUGUAUGCUUUUGAUUUAUACCACCAGUUUUUUCGGCCUCAAAUUAAUAUAAUAACUUCACAACAGGAAAGCGCUGAUGCUGAAAUCUAGAAAUAUCUCAGCCUUCCUGGAGGAAGGAAAAGACUAUGGCCACCUUGAUUUUUAUAGUAUUUCGCUUCUUCAGUGAUGCUGGAGUAUUUCUAGAUUUCUACUGUUCCAUGUCAGCGUCAGGCUAUGUUUUCUCUUUGAAUUGUAGGAGAUUUUAGGCUGAUAUAACAUGAUGUCAAAAGCAUGAACAAUUUGAUACAAAUAGAUAUUUGUGACAUAACCUCAAAAUAGAGCGCUGACACAGAACAGUAGAAAAGUAUGAAAAUCAAGGAGACCAUAAAGACGUCCUACAAUUGUAUUAAUGACUGUCGAUACGGGCCUAAAGAAUAAGUAUCAUCCAUUUUUCACUGUGGUUAUUAUUCGCUGAUUUUGUUCUUUCUUAUUACAUAAAAACAUGUACUUAUAAGAGUAUUAAACUUACCUGAUAACAUAAUUUUACAUAAAGCUUACGGCGCUCGCUGCGAUAAUUCAAAGAAUUAUCGAGCGUGAAACAUAAUGUGAUACGUAAUUUUAAGAGUGGCUCUCUUGCUCACAAUGUACAAGGAAAAAUUAAUCAAUCAGUCAACUAUUUAUUCGCAAUGUUGCAGAUGUUGCGAAACUUGGUCAUAAUAGUGUGAGAGCCCGACCAUGGGCAAGAGAUAACUUUACGUUUUCUAUUACUUUACUUUUCUACUUUCUUGUAAAUACCUCUCUAGUUUUUUGCUUGCCCUGUAUAUUUUUUCACUUUUCAGUUUUGAUCAAUCGAUUCUCGUAUAUUUUAUGCUUCUUUGAAAAUUGACAUUCAAAAACAUAUUGGUCGUUUAUAUAUAAUAAUAAUAGAAAGUCCAUUGAUAUGUAAAAAUCCACUAAACCAAAGCACAAUCGAUGAUCUCUAAGAUUAUCAUUGUUAAAUCAUAACUGCGAGCUCAACAAGCGAAAACGCAUUCACACGCCGGACAAAUUUUGUAAUAUCUGCAAAGUGAAAGUAUUGAUGGAUUUUAAGUCGUGAUGCAAGAGCAAAGCAUGACAUAAUUAGGGUUUUUCUUAUGUAUAGAAUACUCAACCAUAAUCAGUAAGUAACCAUACGGACGCGCAAUUUGUAUUUUUGUAUAGAUUUUUAUAAUAAAAUGGUGAAUACAGAGUGAUGUGUCCUUAUUUCCCCA